UGGGCUGGGUUGAGAAAACUUGCGCCGGGUCUUUGAAAAUUUCUAUAGUCCGGUUUUGGGUCUAAAAAUGGUUCCAGGUUUGGGUAACUCACCUUAAGUAUUAUUCCAACUUUUUAUGACAUUCGUACGUUUAAUUAUGGCUUCAAGGGAAGACUGACCCCCCGCUCUCUGCUUAAUCCUUUUCUUCUUUUCCAUUAUAAAAUAUUUUCUAAAAUGAUUGCCAAUAGUUUGUCGAUUGACAAUCCAUUUAUUGACGAUUUAUUCAAUUCUAUUCCCGAAUUUCCUCAAGAUGCUUUUAAUGCUUGUUCACCUGAAAGUAUUUCUAGAGCAGAUAUUAAGAUUUUUUUAUUUCGUCUUUCCCAAUAUUUAAAAUGUGAAUUUAAUAUAGAAUUUACACUUCCCUGGAUAUUUUACAAAAAAUGUAAUUUAAAUCAUCAACAAUUUUGGAAUUUUGUUAAAUGCGUAAAUAAUGAGGGGAUAGCCAACAUAAACUUGAGUAUUUUAAUUCAAAUAACAACAGCAUUAGAACAAAUAAGAGAUCCAAAUAUUGAACAAAUAUUUUCUGAUGAUUUAAUAAAUACAAUAAAUUUUAUAAAAAAAUUGGGAGAAGAAAAUAAUUUUUUAAAAAUAAUUUUGGAAAGAUAUUCAAAUUUAUUAAAAAUGUUUAUACCAGAAAAUGAUUGGAUAUUUGUUGUUGAUAAUGAAAAUAAUAAAAUUGAGGCGAAAGAAAGGGAAGAAGAGGAGGAAAGAAAUUUAAUUGAAAGAGAAGUUGUUGCUGUUGAUAAAUUGGAGGAAGAAAUUAAUAAAAUUAUUGAAGAAGAAAAAAAUUUAAAUAAAAAGGUAGAGGGAAAAUUUAAAUUUUUUUGUUGUCAUUGUAGUCAAGGGGCAGGGGGUCAUUUCACGGUUCCAAAAAUUAAUCGGUUCCAGUUGUUAAAAUUUUGGUGGUUCCUAGACUUGAUUCCAAUACUUGUGUCCUCUCUUCUUUAUGAUAAAAAAAGCUAA